AUGUCAAUUGGCGUGGCUAUCAUUGGCAGCGGCCUCUUUGCGAAAGAGCAACACCUGCCGGCCGUACAAGCGGCACAGCACUUCGAUCUCAAGGCCAUCUACUCGCGAUCCCUGAAAUCAGCCAAGGACCUCGCUAGCGGUACAUCCGCUGUGGAUCUCUACUCUGACGAUUCAGGAGCGGAUAGGUCCUAUGCUGAUCUACUGGCUCGAUCUGAUAUCGGUGCUGUGAUUAUUGCUCUUCCAAUCUUGGUGCAACCGGAAUUCAUCCGCAAAGCCUUACUGGCAGGCAAGCAUGUCUUAUCCGAGAAGCCUAUCGCGAAGGAUAUCGCCACUGCCCAGGAGCUCUUGCAAUGGUAUCAGACGAACAUCGAUACCAGCAAGAUCUUCUGGUCCGUUGGUGAGAACUUCCGUUACUUGACUAAGUUCAUCUUUGCGGCUGAGCAGGUGCGGACGUUGGGCAAGGUUCUGAACUUCCGGGUUAAUGUUCAUAACUUGGUUAAGGCUGAUAACAAGUACUACCAAACUGCCUGGCGUAAGACCCCUGAGUACCAGGGUGGUUUCCUAUUGGAUGGUGGCGUGCACAUGGUUGCUGGUCUACGUCUGAUCCUGGGCUCUGCGGUGCGUAUCAGUACUCUUUCGGCGCAUUCGCAGCUGCAGCAGGCUCAUCUGCCACCGGUUGAUACGGUUGAUGCUGUUGUCAAGACUGACAGUGGUGCUACGGGUGUUGUUUCAUUGUCAUGGGGAUCGACGUUUAGUGAUCAAGUGUUUGAGUUCGCUUGCGAGAAGGGUGUUGUCACUUUGAACUUUGAUGACGUUACUGUCAAUGGUGUUCUGAAUACUAUUGAGUUUGACGGUAAAGGCGUCGCUCCUGAGGUGGCUGAAUUUGCGGUAUCCAUCGUCAAUGGGAAGCCUGCUAGCCGACAGUCGCCCCAGGAGGCGUUGGCGGAUCUUGAGGUUUUGGAGCAGAUGUUGCAGAGUGUGUGGGUCUCCCACUCUGCGCCGGAGAACCUGAGAGAGAAGUUUUCGAGAUUGAACUCCGACACGACAACUCUCGAACGCCCGGCGAGACCCUGCAAUACCGACAAGAUGGUCGCCGCUAAGAAGCACAUCCCUAUCGUGAAGAAGCGUACCAACCGCUUCAACCGUCACCAGUCUGACCGGUUCAUGCGUGUCGGCGCUUCAUGGAGAAAGCCCCAGGGUAUUGACAAUGCCCAGCGUCGUCGCUUCAAGGGCCAGCAGGCCAUGCCCUCCAUCGGUUACGGUUCCAACAAGAAGACCCGCCACAUGAUGCCCUCCGGCCACAAGGCUUUCCUCGUCCACAACACCAAGGACGUUGAGCUCCUCCUCAUGCACAACCGCACCUUCGCUGCUGAGAUCGGCCACGCCGUCUCUUCCCGCAAGCGCGUUGACAUUAUUGAGAAGGCCAAGGCUCUCGGUGUCAAGGUCACCAACGCCAAGGGCCGUGUCACCACCGAGGCUUAA